AUGAAAUACUUCAUUUGCAUCUUACUUGUCGCCCUCAUUGCUGCCGCGUCAGCCGGCUACAUCGGCUCAGGCUGGUCUGCACCUUCCUACGGAUACUCUGUACCAAUUGUGUACUCACGAGGCUGGGGCAGCCCCUACUACAGCAACGGCUACUCUGGUUACUCUGGAUGGGGCAACAACGGCUGGGGCAACAACGCCUGGGGCAACAACGGAUGGGGCAACAACGGCUGGGGCUACAGCAGUUGGUAA